GCCUUGUCUGCUAUCAGGCGAUCUCGUAUAGGGUGGCUUGCCAGGCUGCAAGGCUUUUCCACUGCGCCUCGACCCGCGAGACCUUCGACGUAGUUUAAAAGAUACCUUGCCGCGGCGCGCGACGGUAUGCACUGAGUUAUCCUCACACAACGAUGUUGCGAAAGCUACUGUCGAUUGUUGUUUUGUUUGCGGCUCUGCUUCAUAGUGCCCGUGCGGCCCCAUUCUCGACCCCACAAUCUCUUUCAAUUCCACCCGUUUCGAUUCAUCGCGAGCGCUCGACCUCCGAUGAAGAGCUCACGGCGUGGACGGUGCGUUGUGGGUAUGCGAUCAGCGGCAUGUUCUGCACCACACAGCGCUAUACCGUUUACUUUAUUGCCGUUGGCACCCUCCUCUUCCGCUUCCACGACUGGUUGACAGCCAUCGGAGUUGCCUAUCUAAUUACCUACACCGUCACAACUGCUAUAUACGGCGCGGCACUAGCUCUAGAUCCUGCUAUUGGCACGGACGCAGAUUAUGUCAUGAUUGGGAACAUUCUCCUAAUCAGCGCAAUGAUAACUUGGCUCUUCCUGCGUUUCGCCCGACAUAUAUUCAAGGUUAGUGGCAAGACCACUCUUUGGCUCUGGUACUGUAUUAUUGUCGUGGCAUUCAUAAUCGUCGAGGCGCGCAGGUCCACAUUCUGGUCCCACUUCUAUCGCGUUAGGGCAGUUGAGGUGUGCAAUUCCUCAAACCUCUGCCUCAACACAUGUUCUUCCGUCAUGGCAUCUUCCAAAUUCCGGGGAACCGGUGACGAAAUAAUGCCGAUCCAGUCGACCAAAAGGCGGCUUGCGGUCCCUGUCAACUCGUCUCUCUCAAUCGACGAGUUUCUCGGUGCGGCGGUGAACUUUACUACCAAUUUACCUGUGCCUGGCUACCGUUCCAACAAUUCGUUUGAUCCAAAGUUCAUUCCCGUCAUAGUAGUGUAUGCCCUGGGGUUCAUCAACUGGGCGAUACCUCCGCGCUCGAUACGGAACACACUAUCGAAACUCAUCUUGGUCGGGAAACAAACAAAAGAAGACUCGACACAAAGUCUUAUGACUGAGGCACCCUCAAUGGCCAGUGCCGUAGCUGGAAAGAAAAAUGAGCGUCGUCAAGCAGCCUCCCCUAAGAGAAGGAAGAAAACACCGAGUGCGAUAAGCAUCCGCACCGAGCUUGCAAAAGCACUGGCCAUGCUCUGCUACAUCUUGUACUCUCUUACUAUUCUUGCCUUUCCCGCCAUCCUCACGUGGACCAUUGUAAAGGCUGAGAUUUACAUCCGCGAGUCACCCCGGUUUGACGAACAAGAAGGCCCUCGAAACGUCGGUCAAUGGGGUCCUUGUGUAAGCGUCGCUCUUGCAGCAGUCGCGGCGCUCUUGGACCGCCAAUCGUCUCGUUCUGGCAGCGAAAGUGACAUCUGGUCAUUAAUGGAAAAGUCUAAGCCACCGGAGUGUGAGAGGCCUAGUUGGUUGUUUGGCUGGGAGGAGGGGUGGUAUUGGUACGCCGUGAUCCGGGAUGAGUGGUUGGAUUUCGUCGCGUGGUGGAGAAAACCGGUUUGAGUCCAUUUGACUGUCAAUUUACACUAAGAAAAGGUUGUGAAUGAUACAAAAAUGCUACUGCGAUAAGAAGAGAAGAGCAGGUAGGCGGAGGAAGCUAAGGACCGUGGAGAGGACCCUAGCAUUGCC